GUAGAGCUUUUUCAUCACUCAGAAAUUCAUGUUUAGUUCAACCAGACAAGAAAACAGAAACCAAUGCUUGGGGCUCCAGUCCCUCCAGAAAUUCACUGUCUGCUACAGCACCUAAGAAGACUUCAUGGGAUUGCCCUUUGAAGAACCACAAAGAGCCAGAGCAGAAGAUUUACAAGAAGCCUAAUCUGGUGGUCAAAUCUUUACAGCUGCAAGUAGAAACAAACAAAUCACAGCUCAGCUUGGCAGUGGCAAACCAUGAUAUCCCACCAGAUGCUCUACGUGCAAAGAAAUUAUGCAGACUUCCAUNGCUUUUUGCCAAGACACUCUUAUUCUUGAUGCAUCAAUUAAAAUUAUCUUUUUUUCUCUUAAUUUAUGGGUUUUCCUGUAUGAUGGAAUUUCACAGGCACUGUUAUUCUAACCACCUGGAUUCUGAUUGAUACAUCAUGCCAGAAUAUUUUAUCCAGCCGGGCCAUCUCUGUUGUGUAAGAAUUUCUGAGGAUAAGUGGUGGUACCGAGUUAUUAUCCACAGAAUCCUUGGGAAAAAUGAAGUUGAAGUGUUCUACCCAGAUUUUGGAAAUAUAGGAACUGUCCAGAAGUCCUCUCUGAGGUUCCUCAAGUGCUGCUACACAAAGCUUCCAGCUCAGGCCAUCCCUUGUUCUUUGACUUGGGUGAGACCAGUAGAGAAACACUGGACAUCCAAAGCCAUUUUGCACUUCCAGAAGUUGUGUGGUUUGAAGCCAUUAGUGGGAGUGGUGGAUGAAUAUAUAGACGGAAUCCUUAACAUUUUUCUUUGUGAUACAUCCUCAAAUGAAGAUGUCUAUUUCCAUCAUGUCUUGAGGACAGGAGGCCAUGCUAUCGUAUGCCGACAGAAUGCCCCAUCUCAGGGCUUCAGAGAUCUAAACCCAUUAGCAUUAUACACUAACUCCAGUGGAGUGCCAGGUGAUACAGUCUUAACAGGGCUGAGCUACCCUUCCCAGCAGGACUACUUUAAUGAAGACAGGGAGAUAAGUCUGCAAUCCAAACAAGAUAUUAAUGAUGAGAAGUCUUUAAGUCACCUUAAAUCUGUGUCAAAGGAAUUAUUAAAGGAUUCCAAGUUCAGUUCAUUCAAAAUACAUAAGCACUAUGAAGAAGAUCCACAGUGGCCCAUCCUUCAGCCAGGGGAUAUAAAGGAAGAAAAUGAGGACUAUCAUAUGAGUACUUUUAGAUUGACAUACUUUGUUCAGCAAGGUACCUUUGAAUAG